AUGGCUCAAUUUGGAAGAAAGAAUGCUAUGCUUCUCGCUUUUUCUUAGAGUCUUCUUGCUACUCUUGGACUUGGCUUUUGCUCCUACAUUGAUAAUGAGUAAUAUAGAUAAAUUAAUCGAUUUAUUAGUUUUCUUUUCUUUUUAGCCUCAAUGCUACUGAGAUUUUAUCAAGGUUUCUCAGACGGUAUCGUAUGUGCGGCAUGUUUCGCUAUUGCAUCAGCCGAGUUUAGUAAAACUAGGGGAGAAGUUGCAGGUUACUUGGAAGCAGCAAUAGGAUUUGGUUUGAUGAUGGGACCCUCAAUCGGAUAAACCUUUUAUUCUUUAACGACCUAUUAGUUAAUUUUCUUUGGGUUUGCAGCACUUCUUAUUUUCUCUACGAUCUCAACAGUACUUUUCCUUCCAAGCAGGGUAAAUAAAACUCAAGGGCAAUCAGAAGAAAGUCUUGCAGCUCAAGAUGUAGAAGACGUUUCUUAUUACCAAAUAUUAAAAAAUAAAAAAGUUGCGAAGUCCUUAAUUUUUACCAUAAUUGGAAUGAUAGUAAUGCAUUUCAAUUAAAUGCUCAUCACAAAUUAAUUAACUAAAAUAGGUGUCCCAUUCAAUUUAACCGGUACUUACACUUUUUUUAAAAACGAUUUAAUAGGCUAUAUUAUUGGGAUUUCUGGGUUAGCUUAUUUUAUUUUUAGCAUUGUUAGCGGAAUUAUGGUGAAUAGAUUCGAAAAUUCCUACUUAGUCCAAUCAUCUUUCAUUACAAUAACAGUGACUUUAUUACUUCAAGGAUCUCCUGAGGAUUCGCUUCCAUUAAUGAUAAUAGGAUUAGUUAUUAUGGGAUUAUCGAUAGCAUUUCUAUUUACUUCUUUCCUUCGUAAUAUUAUAACAGCAGUUUAAUAAAAAGAGGAGAUUGAUGAUGAUACUGAAUAGCUGGUUAAUAAGGCUUCAAUACUCUAUAAUAUAUCGCUUUCAGCAAUUUGCCUUUGUUCACCGCUAUUAGGCGGGUACUUAAGCGACAAUUUCCGAUAUACCAAAUCAUGCUAAAAAAUGGGAUAGACUUCAUUUUUCCUAAGUAUUUUAUAUUUUCUUGCAAACUUAAAAUUUGAGAAUACUAUUAUAUGA